AUGAUGAUGAAUAUUGUUCAUCAUGUCGAUGGUUGCUGGUGUCUUCCAGAAAAUUUACCUGGUCAUUAUUGUGGUGAUCAACUUGGUGAUAAUUGUGAUGCAAAUAUUGUCUAUGAAUGUGAUGAUAAUGGUCGUGGUGGUGGUGGUGGUAAUAAUGGAUUAAAUUUUAAAUUUGGCCAAAAUCAACAACGACAGCGGCUACAAAAACGGCCAGUACGAAGACAAGUGGAUGAUUGUCGCCAAACAAGCUGUAUACAUUCAACAGAUCGAAUGCCAGCAUCAUGUUGGCAAAAAGUAACUGCUUCAAUUACUGUUAUGGCUAAUUGAUGAUCAAUCAUCAUUGGACUAGAUUUGUAAUAGAAAAAAAAAUU